GCUCAGCAGAGCUGCCUGGAGCCCCCCCCCGGUCAUGACGGCAGCUCUUCAUCACGUCGCUCGGCGGAUGUUCACCCCACAGCGGAAUAUUCCCUUACUCUUUACAUGAUUAGUUAUUGUUUUUUUUUUGUUUUUUUUUGGUGUGUGUGUGUGUUCUCUUUUUUUUCCGUUUUAUUCUUUAAGCGGCGAGUUGGAGCCCACAAACAGGUGCGAUGCUUGCCACCUGUUUAAUGUCCUUUACGCGUUUGCGCUCCACAGCGAGUUAAACUAGUUUUGGACAUUUUUACUGUUGUUGCGGGACUUUUUUUUACAUUUUUUUUUUGGGGGGGGGCUUAUUAUUUUUCUUAAAUCUCGUUCGAUGCUGCUGCCCGGGUUGUUGCCGUUCGAGCCCUCCCGUGCCGACCAGUUUUUAAGGAGGUAAUUUUUCUUUUUUUUUUUUUAUCUCUCGCUUUGACCAAGUGUGCGAGGAAUAUAUAUUUACACGUAAAAAAAAAAUAUAUAUAUAUAUAUAUGUGCGGAAAAUGAUGCUGCUGGUGCUGGUGUCCAUUCUCCGGGUGCUGCUUCUGAGCGGAGCGGCUCCCUCGCAGACAGAAAGGGAAGACACGGGAGUGGACUGGUUGAGCAAGUUUGGUUACCUCCCACCGGGGGACCCUGUGACCGGGCAGCUUCAGACCAAGGAGGCCCUGACGAAGGCCAUCAAAGCCAUGCAGAAGUUCGGCGGCCUGAAGGAGACCGGAGUGUUCGAUCAAGCCACAUUGGGACUAAUGAAAACCCCCAGGUGUUCUCUGCCUGACGUACCUGUGGGCGAGGGGACAAUGGGCCGCAGGAAACGCAGCCUGAACGCUCAGAACAAAUGGACGAAGAGGCAUCUGUCUUGGAGAGUGAGGACUUUCCCCAAGGACUCUGCUUUACUGGGGAGGGACACCGUUCGAGCCCUCAUGUAUUACGCCUUGAAAGUCUGGAGUGACAUCGCACCUCUCAACUUCCACGAGGUGGCGGGAAGCGACGCCGACAUUCAGAUCGACUUCACUAAAGCCGACCACAAUGACGGUUAUCCCUUCGACGGGCCCGGGGGCACAGUGGCGCAUGCUUUUUUCCCCGGGGAGAGGUUCACGGCCGGGGAUACGCACUUCGACGACGACGAGGCUUGGACCUUCAGGUCACCAGACUCUCACGGGAUGGACCUGUUUGCGGUCGCCGUCCACGAGUUCGGUCACGCCAUCGGCCUGGUCCACACGUCCGCCAUGGAGUCCAUCAUGAGACCGUACUACCAGGGUCCCGUCGGAGACCCCCUCAAGUACGACUUACCCUAUGAAGACAAGGUCCGCGUCUGGCAGCUCUACGGUGUCAGAGACUCGGUGUCCCACACCACUCAACCCGGCAACCCGUCCCAGACGGCAGAACCCCCGGUCCUGCUGGACCUCCCAGAAAACAGGUCGUCUGUCUUGCUGGUGCGCGAUUCCCCAGACAGAUGCGCCGGUCACUUUGAUGCUGUUGCCCAAAUACGAGGGGAGGCCUUCUUUUUUAAAGGAAAGUUCUUCUGGCGACUGACACGAGAGAAGAACCUGGUGUCUCUUCGUCCGGCGCACAUCCAUCGAUUCUGGAGAGGCCUUCCGCCCAGUGUCGACAGCGUGGACGCCGUGUACGAGAGGCCUGGAGAUCACAAAAUUGUUUUUUUCAAAGGUAUAAAGUACUGGGUGUUUAAAGACAAUAUCGUGGAGGAGGGCUACCCGCGUCCAAUCAGCGACUUCGGCCUGCCUCUGGAGGGCGUGGAAGCGGCUUUUGUGUGGCUCCACAACGAGAAGACGUACUUCUUCAAGGACAACCGCUACUGGCGCUACGACGACCACCUCAGGCGCAUGGAUCUGGGUUACCCUAAGGACAGCGCGCUGUGGAAGGGCCUGCCCCCGCACCUGGAUGAUGCCAUGAGGUGGUCUGAUGGUUCAUCGUACUUCUUCAAGGGGAAGGAGUACUGGCGAGUCCCGAGCAGCGACAUGGAGGUGGAAGCGGACUACCCUCGCCUCAUCGCCAAAGACUGGCUGCUGUGCACCGACAUGCAAUCGGAUUCGCCGGGCGCGGAGGCCAAGAGCACCGAGAGCCGGGCCAACGCGGGCCCUCGCCCGGACCACGCCGAGAACGGCUACGAAGUGUGCUCCUGCACUUCGGACAGCGCGUCACCUUUAGGGGCCCGGCCCUCGCCGUCCCCCUUGUGGCUGCUGCCGCCCUUCUGGACGCUCUUGCUGACCCUUCGCUCUCUACCCCUAUGAUGCCAAAACACAGGAAGUACUUACCCACUGGUAGAGAUCCAGCUGACAGUCAACACGGAACAUUCUCUUUAUACGAGUACUAUUGGCUAUCCUUUUUGCUCUUGUUUCUCUUAUUUAUUUCUCAAGCCAUUUGAUGUUUAUCUUUUUUAAAAAAGCCUUGCAUUAUCCAUGGUGCAUCCUGUACAGUUAUCAUACAGGUGGACUUGAAUCCAUUCUUGAUGACAGGUAGUCAAUGCUUUAAAACGAGGCUCCGCCGAAAUACAAAGUCUUUGACGUUAGUUGUAUGAAACAAACUCAUAGCGAGGAGGGACAUUUGGAAUGGAGACACCAACGGGUAAAGGAGCAGUUUGACCUUUUACAACGGGCAUAUUGUGAGAUUGCUAAAUCCAAUUAACGGAAGGCUAUAAGGCUGAAGAGCGGAAAUUAUAGUUGACUUUUUGGCUUUUAAGCACCCCGCCCGUUUCACUUAACAUCACUAAUUAACGUGUUACUCGCUGCUCGGUACAACCAAUUUCACAGGGCUCCCACAAAUUCAAAUGUUAGGAAAAUCUUCCUAAUAUUCUGAUAGUGGAUAAAAUGUUUAGCUUUUUUUUAGGUAUCUGCAGGCUUGCCCUUCCAAAAUUUUAUUGUACCAGUACAAUGACAAGAAAGAUAGGAACAAUAGAAAAUAAUACCAAUGUGUCACUGACUAUGAGAGAUUACUCAUUGUUGAAUAUGACUAUGAGAAAUAUAAAGUAGUGAUCAAAAUAAUAAUAAUAAUGCUAAUUUGGAAAGCAAGGCAAAGAUGAUAAUGUCAAGUUAUGCAGUUAAAUUCUUUGGUCAAAAUUAUUCCCAUAUAAAUAGUUAACAUGACAGCAAACAGUGUUUACAAAAUAUAAAAAGGACAUCACGGUAAUGGGCAUCGUUCAUUUAAAUGAUCUUUUGCUUUUGUUUUUAUGCUAAUUUGUAUGUGUAAAUGCACUCUCCCUCCCAUACAAGAGCAUUUAAGGCCCUCAGUUACCCACAUGAGGGCGAUAACGCCAGAGCCUUGCCAUAAUAGUACACGGAAAAAGCCCUCAGUUGUCCAUACAUGGAAAUUAAAAACCCUCCCAGUGCCCAUAUUUGGACAUGAAUUGUCAUCCCCAUUCCAUAUAUGACGAGCCAAAAAGGCCUACAUGCCCAUUUGGGCUCUCUAUUUCCUUAUUAAGUUGAUCAAAUAGCCUCCACGUGCCUAUACAAGGACAUGAAAAGUCCUUCCCUUUGACAAUUUGAGGGCUAAAAGGCAAAGAGAUGCAAUGGCCUCUGUGCCCAUUUAAUGACAAUAAAUCUCCUCCAGUUGCCCGUUCAAGUCAGUCGAAUGCCCUCCGAAGCUGCACGGUCCUCUGGGCUAAGAAGAUUGCAACCACGAUAAACGCCAGAAACUUGCAGAAGCGCUCCACGCAUCCCAAAAUUCACCAUAUUUACAUCCUGACCUUGUUCUGGCGACGGCUGCUGAUUGGGUUUCAUUUUAUUCCCCGUGACAGGAGAAGCUUCCAGAAAGCGUUGACCCGGGGCAUACGGUGGCAUCGGAGAAUGUAGCGACUGAUGUUUGCGAACUGACUGAAACCGUGACAUGCAUCUGACAGGCAAAUGCAAACCCUUGGCAGGUGUUGGCGCCGGGAUUGUUAGCUUUACAGGUGUUCGCCGGGUAGACGCUGCGUCGUCGUUCAUGCGCUCAGAACUUUUUUUUUUUUUGCUCGUGGAUCAUUCUCAGCAGCUCCAGAGACAGAAACCGACGCUUGGUUGUAUUUUUCUAACCGUAAUGAAUGGUUCCUGCUUGCAAAGCUUUCUUCCUCUCACGGCUUGACUCUUUUCAAGCCUACAAGCAGGCAACUGGAUUUUUUUUAUCCCCCCCUCUGUCGAACAGCGAGCUGUAAUAUG